AUGGAGAAAGAGCUCAGCGAAGACAGGUCCAGCGCCACUUCCAACGCAGAUCAGUUCGAAGAAGGGUCUUUCGAUGACGUCACUGCCAUUUCCGAUCAGGAAGUCGUCAGUCAAGCACCCUUCGAAGUGGAAGACAGUUCCGAACUACCACAGCCGAGCACAGAAUUCGCUCAGCCAGUUCUUUCGAAACAGGAACUGGACCACAUCGCCUACAUCACGAGCCUAGCCGAAAGAUCAUCUUUCGAAGCUCCAGAACGGCCUCCACUGCCUAGAAGAAUGACUUUAGAACAACAUGAAAUGGAGAAAGAGCUCAGCGAAGACAGGUCCAGCGCCACUUCCAACGCAGAUCAGUUCGAAGAAGGGUCUUUCGAUGACGUCACUGCCAUUUCCGAUCAGGAAGUCGUCAGUCAAGCACCCUUCGAAGUGGAAGACAGUUCCGAACUACCACAGCCGAGCACAGAAUUCGCUCAGCCAGUUCUUUCGAAACAGGAACUGGACCACAUCGCCUACAUCACGAGCCUAGCCGAAAGAUCAUCUUUCGAAGCUCCAGAACGGCCUCCACUGCCUAGAAGAAUGACUUUAGAACAACAUGAAAUGGAGAAAGAGCUCAGCGAAGACAGGUCCAGCGCUACUUCCGAUGCAGAUCAGUUCGAAGAGCGCUCUUUCGACGACGUCACUGCCAUUUCCGAUCAGGAUGUCGUCAGUAAAGCACCCUUCGAAGUGGAAGACAGUUCCGAACUACCACAGCCGAGCACAGAAUUCGCUCAGCCAGUUCUUUCGAAACAGGAACUGGACCACAUCGCGUACAUCACGAGCCUAGCCGAAAAAUCAUCUUUCGAAGCUCCAGAACGACCUCCACUGCCUAGAAGAAUGACUUUAGAACAACAUGAAAUGGAGAAAGUGCUCAGCGAAGACAGGUCCAGCGCCACUUCCAACGCAGAUCAGUUCGAAGAAGAGUCUUUCGAUGACGUCACUGCCAUUUCCGAUCAGGAUGUCGUCAGUAAAGCACCCUUCGAAGUGGAAGACAGUUCCGAACUACCACAGCCGAGAACAGAAUUCGCUCAGCCAGUUCUUUCGAAACAGGAACUGGACCACAUCGCCCACAUCACGAGCCUAGCCGAAAGAUCAUCUUUCGAAGCUCCAGAACGGCCUCCACUGCCUAGCAGAAUAGCUUUAGAACAACAUGAAAUGGAGAAAGAGCUCAGCGAAGACAGGUCCAGCGCCACUUCCAACGCAGAUCAGUUCGAAGGAGGGUCUUUCGACGACGUCACUGCCAUUUCCGAUCAGGAAGUCGUCAGUCAAGCACCCUUCGAAGUGGAAGACAGUUCCGAACUACCACAGCCGAGAACAGAAUUCGCUCAGCCAGUUCUUUCAAAACAGGAACUGGACCACAUCGCGUACAUCACGAGCCUAGCCGAAAGAUCAUCUUUCGAAGCUCCAGAACGACCUCCACUGCCUAGAAGAAUGACUUUAGAACAACAUGAAAUGGAGAAAGUGCUCAGCGAAGACAGGUCCAGCGCCACUUCCAACGCAGAUCAGUUCGAAGAAGAGUCUUUCGAUGACGUCACUGCCAUUUCCGAUCAGGAAGUCGUCAGUCAAGCACCCUUCGAAGUGGAAGACAGUUCCGAACUACCACAGCCGAGAACAGAAUUCGCUCAGCCAGUUCUUUCGAAACAGGAACUGGACCACAUCGCCUACAUCACGAGCCUAGCCGAAAGAUCAUCUUUCGAAGCUCCAGAACGGCCUCCACUGCCUAGCAGAAUAGCUUUAGAACAACAUGAAAUGGAGAAAGAGCUCAGCGAAGACAGGUCCAGCGCUACUUCCAACGCAGAUCAGUUCGAAGAAGGGUCUUUCGAUGACGUCACUGCCAUUUCCGAUCAGGAAGUCGUCAGUCAAGCACCCUUCGAAGUGGAAGACAGUUCCGAACUACCACAGCCGAGAACAGAAUUCGCUCAGCCAGUUCUUUCGAAAACAGGAACUGGACCACAUCGCGUACAUCACGAGCCUAGCCGAAAGAUCAUCUUUCGAAGCUCCAGAACGACCUCCACUGCCUAG